AUGGACUUACAGGCAGUCAAACUAUCGCCAUUUUUGCCAGCUGGAAAAAUCUAUUUUAAAACAAAACUGUUUUGUCACAAUUUUACUUUAUACAAUUUGGCCACUCGUGAUGUAACUUGCUACUGGUUUUCCGAGGACCAAAACAAUCAGCUACAAGCUUCUACGUUUACUUCUUGCAUAAUAGACUUUUUGGAGAAAAAUUGUUUGACCCCUGACAAGUUUCCCAUUAUUAUCUAUUCUGAUGGUUGUGACUUUCAGAAUAGAAACAAUAUUUUGUCCAAUGCUAUUUCAAACUUUUCCAUCAAACAACAAAUAUUUGUAUACCAGAAGUAUUUAGAGCUGGGUCACACUCAAAUGGAGUGUGACUCGGUUCAUAGCACAAUAGAGAGAAAACUACGUCAUCGCGAAAUAUAUUUACCAAGUGAUUACGCUUCCGUUACUAAAGAAUCAAGAUUAAAUCCUACACUCUAUGAUGUACAAAUUUUAGACUACAACUUUUUCAAAAACUUUUCUGAUUCCAAGUUUCACCGAUAUUCUUCGAUACGCCCAGGUGAAAAGACCAAUGAUCCCGUCGUCAAUGAUAUUAAAUGUAUGAAGUAUAUCCCCAACGGGGAAAUUCAGGUGAAGUCAAACUACGAUAGUGACUAUAUUGAUCUGCCUGUAAGACCAAAGAUUUUGGACCCAAUAAAUCACUACCCACAACUUUUAAAAAGCCAAUGUAAAAUUAAAAGAGAAAAAUGGAACCACCUUCAGGAUCUAAAAUCGGUGUUACCAAAAGAUACGCAUUCGUUUUACGACAAUCUGCUUUUUGAUUAG